CGUCUUAAUAUCCCUAACCAGAACAACCCUCAGCCUCGUUAGCUAUAAAAUAUCGCGUAUACCCGACUUACUUGUUCUGUCGGUGUUCUACUUAUAGUAACGACAACUCAGUUAAAUAUAGAAGAUCACACAAGAAUGGUGUCCCUUGCAUGUCUGGCAGGAUUCCUGCUUGUAAUUAUCUGCAAAAGUAAUGCCGAGGACCAGGCGGGUGUUUCUUCUGAGUACUCUGAAGCAUUCGUAAACCUUCUCUACGUUUUCAACGGCAACUUUACUGACCGGCUGCUGGUGGAAGCUUACAAGAACAUUAAUGACCCGGAUGUGGAUGUGCCACACCAUGUAGCGGUCGUGUCAAUCCCAGUCUGGAUCCCAGCUUUGGGACAGGCGGUGACCUACCUCUACGAGGAGUAUUUUAAGAAAACUUUACUCCGUCGCCUGAUCUGUGUACUGUGGGAACUCAGUGACGGUGAGAUCUUCAUGCAACCUUACAACAUCACGUCUCCUCCUAAUGAUAUGUCUAAAAUCUUUACCCUCGACCAAGUCGGAAAUUUGACUUACGAUGACUUGAGAACCAGAAUGGAAUGUCGGACGAAGUUUGAACGUAAGGGGACACACACAUUCAAAGCUUCAGUGCCUGACUGCGAUGAUAAGGACGGCGGGGUGAUUCCAAAAUACUUCCUGACAUGGUCUUGUAACUCAUUGGUGGCUGUCGCUAACAACCCUAGUCAAGACGAGUACUCGGCCAUUCCAAUAGUUACCGUUAGGGAAGGACCAAGGUAUCCUUUUCCACCUUACAUGAACGGCAUUGAGAACAGAGUUACCUGUGAGUAAAUCUGUGUCUACAUAAAACUUUACUGACCAAUAAAUUGAUCUUUUGAAAAU